AUGUAUUGUAAUUGUGUGGAUUCGUUUUUGGCAAUAGCUUCGUGGAAGAAAUGUCACUUCGUUAGAACAGCUAUCGCAGAAAUGUUGCAUAUGUAUCAAAGGCCAUCCCAUGGAGACAGCUGUAUGGAUUCAGAAUUGCCAUCGUUAGCCGUACUAACAACAGAUCGGACGAGUGCCGAACUUUUUGGUCUAAAGAAUAAGGCUGCAUAUUUUAUCGAAUGUCUAGAACUACUGGGAGAGCGUGAUCCUCAACAAUUAUUGAAUCUGAUCUUUAUUUUUCCGCAGCAAAGUGAAAAUCCACGUCCAGUUACAUGGCAGUCGGAAGAAUGUUUUGAGACGAAACGUGACGUGUCUGUGAUAACAUCUCCGGUGUUAAAAUUAUUGCCUGAUUGCGUAGUAGCGAUCAAUAAGAUUCUGUGGUGUACAAACCAAUUGGAAGUAAGGUAUUGUCGAUCGCUGCCUCGAGUAGUCUCAUAUAAGGAAGUGGAUGCGAAUAGUUUUGCUGUAGCGUUAAGGCACACUCGUGGAGGUGCAGUUGCAAGUUUGCUUGGAGCCAUCGUGCACGAAAUCGGUCAUUUAUUGAAAUUGCCGCAUACUGAACACGGGAUUAUGAAAACUGGUGGUGACAACAUACAAACUCUAUUUCUUUCCGAUAAACUCCUCAAUUUGGCAAUCUCUGAGAGUGAUUCAGCGCAUCCAGAUGUGGCCGUCGAAUUUUUUGAUGGCGAUCAAGAAGUGGUUAGCUUCAGAUUUCUCGUCCUCUUUACUCAACUAUUUGCAUUGCUGAAUUCAAAACUUUUCGAAGGGGAACUGAUAGUUAGGAUGCUGAUCAUCGUUCGUCUGAAUGGAAUAUCAGCGGAAAUUUCGCAGUUCUUUUGCUGUUGUGUUCGUAGAUGA